GGACGGAGAAAAUGAGACCUGAUCAACACUGUAUCUGCGUACUGCAUGUCCUUUACGGGCUACCAUACAAUAUUGCCGCAGACUAUAUUCAGCAAACAAUUAAUAUUAUUGACAUAGUUCGCGAUCAAAGUACAGUACACUGUGUAUUGGACAUUUUGGAAUUUGGUUCUGUCUGCGACCGGCCUUCAAUUAUUAUUGCAUUGCAUAAUGUUAUUAUUGGACUGAUGGUCAUUUCCAGUUUGGUUGGCCCAUUGGUUGAGCUCGGCACAUCGCCUGAUCAGUCCUGGUGCACUAUACAUGUAUAUAGUAAUAAGUAAUAUAUACUGCUAGCCGCCACUGCGCUGCCGGCAGUCAUUGACGAGGAAGUGGACAUUUAAGUCGUCUGAACGGUCGACGUGAUUAUAGACCUAACCAUGGAAGUUGUAGGAUUGGAUCUGUCUCCAUUCACGCUCACGUUGCUUUUGAUCGUUGGUCUGGUGUUCCUGUCACUGUGUUAUGACUGGUGGUGCCACCAAUAUUUCCAGCGACGAGGCGUUCCUGUGGCGGACUACAUCCCGAUUUUCGGUAGCUCAUACAAGUUUUCAGAGGGAUUUCACCUUGCAAUGGAAGAUUUCGUGAAGGAAAAAGGGAAAGUAGUAGGGAUGUACGAAUUCCGACGCCCCAUUCUACUCAUCAACGAUCCAGAUGUCAUCAAGAAAGUCCUGGUCAAGAAUUUCAACCAUUUUUGCAACCGCAGGGUGUUUCCCCUCCUCAUACCCCCAUUGACCAGAGGCUUGAGUAUGCUCGCCAACGAGGAAUGGAAAGAUGUUCGUAACAUCCUGUCGCCAACGUUCAGUGCUGUAAAGAUGAAAAAGAUGUCUGUUUUGAUCAAUGAGUGUUGCGAAAGACUGGUGUCUGGCUUCGACAGGGCACAGGAGGGUGGGACCCCCGUGGAAUGCAGGGAAUUGUUUGGAGGCUACACCUUGGACGUGAUUGCCCGAUGUGGAUUCGGUCUGCAAGUGAAUGUACAAGACAAAGACGAUCCCUUCGUGAAUAAUGCGAAGAAGGUAUUUGACUUCGGCAACGCAAAUCCGGGUGUGGCUCUUGCGAUGGUAUUCCCACCCCUGGUACCGCUCUUGAAAUGGAUGAAUGUCACCAUUGUCGAUCAGUCAGCCAUAGAUUAUCUCAAGGAGGUUGCGGAAGAAGCUCUCAAGAUGCGGAAAGAGGGAGAAGGCACAUCUAAGAACAUUGAUCUGCUGCAGUUGAUGCUUAAUGCCCACAAUGACACCGAGCUUGACCAGGGAGAUGUGGACUCGGUGGUGAAGAGCAAGGGGAAAGGUACCAGGCAACACAAGCCACUGUCUAACGAGGACGUCCAGGCUCAGGCAAUUACGUUCUUCACGGCGGGUAUGGAGACGACCAGCACAUUGUUGAGUCUUACGGCCUACCUGCUCGCCAUGAACCAGGACAUACAAGAGAAGCUGCACGCCGAAAUUGACAACCUCGCUCCCACCGGGGACAGCCUGGGCUAUGACGUCAUCCCCAAGAUGGAGUAUCUGGACAUGGUGAUCAGUGAAUCUCUCCGCCUGUAUCCACCAGCGGUCUUUCUGGAACGCCUGUGCAACGAGACCAUACGUUUGGAUGAGUUCACUGUAGAGAAGGGACUAUGCGUGUUCGUUAGCAUCUGGGCGCUUCAUUACAGUCCCGAGUAUUGGCAGAAUCCUGCAAAGUUUGACCCCGAAAGAUUCAGCGCUGAGAACAAGGCCAACAUCAAACCGUGCACCUACAUGCCGUUUGGCUUCGGUCCGCGUAACUGCAUCGCUAUGCGCUUCGCCUUGCUGGAAACCAAGAUGGCGCUCGUCCAUGUCAUGCAGAAGUUCCGCUUCGACGUUUGCUCCAAAACUGAGAUUCCACCGACUCUGAGUAAAUAUGGAUUUAUUUCCCCCAAGAGUGUACUGCUGAGUGCUGUUCCCAGGAUCUAGGAUGGGAGACCCUCCCAAGACACUUGGAAAUCGCAUUGUUGUUUUCAUGGAGAACUGUUAAUUUCUUUCAGAGACAAAUAAUUAGAGUAUUCGUAUUUUAUUAAGAAUUUUGAUAUUACAACUAAAAAUAUUUAUAAUAUAUUGAUAGACGAAAGAGGUAAAACACCUCAGAUUGAAUCGUGGUGGGAAAACGUAUUUGGUGAGAAGAUUAAGUGGACUUCCACAUGGAAAAAGAAAAUAGUCGACAUUAAAGAAAUUAAGUUGAGAAACUUCAAUUACAGACUCAUGCAUCGUCUAAUAGCAACGAAAGAUUGAUUGUAUAAAUAAAAAAAUGAGAAUAGUCCGUUGUGCUCAACGUGUGACACGAUUGACGACUAUAAACACGCAUUCUUAACCUGUUUACAAACAAUUGAAUUCUGGAAUCAAUUAAAGGUUUACUACCAAGAAAAAACAAAAAGUAGUUUUAUCACACCAACAUUGCCAAACCUAUUAACAGGUCUUGAUAGAAGACCUGAGGUUAAUUUGAUAAUUACGAUAGCAAUGUUUUCAAUACAUUAAGCAAGAAUCAAAAUGAGUAUAGAAAAUAAAAGGAUAAAUAUUUUUAAUGUGUUCAUUACAGAGUUAUUAUUCAGAGCAAAGUUUCAAAAGAAAAACAAAGACUUCUGGCAACAUUUUAUGACUUAACUGUAUACAUUUCUUUAAUUAAUAUGCCUACUGCUGUUCACACUUAUAUAUUUUUAUUCAAAAUGAUAACACCAUAUAUAUUAUAACCUAUGGUUCUUACAAACAUUUAUAUACAUGUAGUACAUCAAAACUAAUGUUGUGUAUAUCAUUUAUGAUUGUUAUAUUUGUACUUUCUAAACAUUGUAAUAACUAGAUUUUCAAUAUUGUAAUUAAUGGAAAUAAAUUUUGAAGGAAAAAAAAAGAAUUUUGAUAUAAUAUUUUAGA